UGCUCGCAUGCAACCGCUUCAGAGGUUCCCAUACAGGGGAAAGAAUUUGUGAAGAAUUUGAGCAAAUAUGUGAAGAAUAUCAAAUGAAGAAAAAGGUCGACCACAUCAUCUGUGACAACGCUGCAAACAUGAAAAAGGCGUUCAGUACAUGUUUUCCUGGACAGGAAGAUGAAGAUGACGACCAUGAUGAUUUCAACAUUUGGAACAACCUGACAGUGGAAGAGCAGGAGAGGUUUGAGAAUGUAUUGAGUGCAAAGUCCCAGACAAGACUUCAAUGUUUUGCACAUACCCUUCAAUUGACUAUAGGUGAUGGCCUUAAAGACACUAAAAUAAUCAGUGCAGCUCUCUCCAAAGCUUCAAGGUUGAGCUCUUUGCUCCACACGAGCACCACUUUCAAAGACAAAUUUGAGAUGGAGUUUGGACAGCGUGGAAUCCCUGCCUCUGUAACCACACGCUGGAAUUCCACACUUAGGCAACUGAAAUCAGUGCUUAACUGUGACCAACUGAAACUGUCUGCAGUUCUUGAAGAUGCGGGACACAAAGAGACAGUAUUCACAGCUAGAGAGUGGAGUCAGAUAAGGGAACUGGUGGAUGUUCUUCAACCCUUUGGAGAAGCCACGGAUCUCACACAAGGAGAAAAAAUUGUCACUAUAAGUGCUGUGGUACCCUGCAUCCUUUCUCUUAAUCAUCACUUGGAAAAUCAAAAAGAGAGAGUGCACUACAUGGGUGGUUUGAUCCGUAGCCUGCAAGAAUCACUCCAAAGAAGAUUCAGAGGGAUCUUUGUACAUGUGAGGAUGGCAGAUGACCAGAGUGAUGGAGCAACCUUGCCGUUCUCUGACCCUCUAUACCUAAAAGCUGCUUUGCUGGAUCCUUCAUUCGGCACCAUGUGGUUGGCCCAUGAUGUUUUGGCCCCUGAAAACGUCAAGGAGGAUGUGUCUGUGAUGAUAAAAAGCUUGAUUCUCAGAGAUGCUGGCAUGACCAUGACCACGACCAGUCCAAUCACCGAUGAGCCACUUACACCGUCAGAGCCAGAGCGUCAGACUGGGCUGUUCUCAGCAUACCGCAAAAAUAUGAAGAUGAGUUCAAAUUCCACUCCCCAAAUUCAGUUGAACCACUACCUCGACAUUUGUGAUGGACAGAGCUGCCUUCAGUUUUGGGCCAUGAACAGGCGCACCCUCCCCUCUUUGUUCAAGGUGGCGCGAGCCACCUAG